AUGCCUUCCGAGAGUGGUCACAGAUUAUACGUCAAGGGACGCCACUUGAGCUACCAGCGCUCCCGUCACGUCACCCGCCCUGGCACGAGCCUGAUUAAAAUCGAGGGCGUUGACGACACCAACGCUGCCAACUUCUACCUCGGCAAGAAGGUUGCCUUCGUCUAUCGCGGCCACAAGGAGAUCCGGGGCUCCAAGAUCCGCGUUAUCUGGGGCAAGGUCACCCGGCCGCACGGGAACUCGGGCGUCGUCCGCGCCAAGUUCACCUCUCCCCUCCCCACAAAGUCUUUCGGUGCCUCCGUUCGUGUCAUGCUGUACCCUUCGACGAUAUAA